AUGGCUGGCAAAAACUCUCCAUUCAAUCUGCAGACUUGUGCUCGUCCGAAUAUACUUGCACUGGAACCAUAUCGCUGUGCAAGAGAUGACUACAAAGACGACGGAUCGAAUAUCCUCCUCGAUGCCAAUGAGAAUGCAUUCGGGCCAGCUAUUCCUCUGUUGAACAAUCCGAAUGCCCAAGAUGAAAAAGCAGGAAACACGCAAAUCGACUUGUACCGUUUGAACCGUUAUCCAGAUCCACACCAAUACCCUCUUAAGCAGCUAUUAUGCAACGUACGAAACACUCACGUUCACACACCGAAGAACAUCACACCCGAGAAUCUGUUUGUAGGAGUUGGAAGCGACGAGGCAAUUGAUGCUCUGCUGCGCUGUUUCUGCGUGCCCGGAAAGGACAAGAUUCUGGUAUGUCCGCCAACAUACGGAAUGUACUCUGUGUCCGCACAGGUGAACGAUGUUGGGCUUGUAAAAGUGCCACUCCUUCCCGCGCCGGAAUUUGCAAUCGACGUCCCGGCCAUAAUAUCUGCGCUUUCCUCUCCCGAUGCGGCGAAUAUCAAGAUCAUAUAUAUCUGCUCGCCAGGAAAUCCGACGGGUUCAUUGAUCAAGAAGGAAGAUUUACAACAAGUGCUGGAGCACCCAACGUGGAAUGGCAUUGUUGUAUUGGACGAGGCAUAUAUUGAUUUUGCGCCAGAGGGUUCAUCUCUUGCGGAAUGGGUUGCAGAGUGGCCAAACCUGGUUGUUAUGCAGACACUUUCGAAAGCAUUCGGGCUGGCUGGUAUUCGGUUAGGUGCUGCAUUUACGUCACCUCCAAUUGCUUCAUUACUGAACAAUCUAAAGGCGCCGUAUAACAUCAGUAAUCCAACGAGUCAGAUUGCUAUUUCAGCAUUGUCGCCGGAAAACUUGGAUAUCAUGACUUCUAAGAAGGAGAAAAUCAUCGAGCAGAGAGACAGGUUACUUGCUGAGCUCCCGAGAAUCACAGGUGUCGGGAGAUUCCGAGGUGGAACAGCAAGCAAUUUCUUGCUUGUAGAAAUAUUAGACUCUCAAGGCAACCCAAACAACACAACUGCACUGAAAGUGUACGAGACACUAGCACAGAAUAGGGGCGUGGUGGUUAGGUUUAGAGGAAAAGAGCACGGUUGUUUAGGCUGUGUGAGAAUCACAGUUGGGACAGAAAAGGAGGUCACGAGAUUCCUAGAAGAGAUAAGGGACGUUCUGAAGAAGGUCAACUUAAGGUCAGAAAUAUCCAAUGGAAGUCUAGAGGCAAAGAAAGAGGAGGAAGCAAAUGCGGUUAUUCCAUAG